AUGGGUAGUACUCAGAUUCCUUCAAGUUUUCCACUUGAAGACAAGCAGCUUUUUCACGGCGACGGCGAUGGAGACAAGCAGUUUCUUCACGGCGACGGCGAUGGAGAGAAGCAACUUCAAGAAGGCGAGGAAGACGACAGUAUACGAUUAAGUGCUAUGGGCCCUAGAAAAUAUGAGUGCGGGGAUGCGAAAAGAAAGAAAAAACAAAGAAUAGAAGAGUGUACAAACUCGCAAAAGGAUGUUAUUUUUAAAUUUUUUCCGCAUAUAAACCGAGUUCAAGAUGAAGUUGUAGUUGAAGAUGAAGUUGUGGCUGAAGAUGAAGUUAAUUUGGAAGAAGUACACGAGAAUGAGGUUGACAAUGAAGAAGGCAUUCAUGUUGUUGUCGAUAAUGAACAAAAGAUCCAAACAAAUAAUAUCGAAAUUGGAGACGCUAGUGGGCUACCAUAUGAAGAAGCAAAAGAAGAUACGGAACAGUUGAACAUAGACGACCCGGUAAAUUGGAUUAAGCUAGAUCAGAAAAUGAAGGACUUGAUAGUAGAAAGAGGUCCUAUACGAGCUGUGGAUAUCAACUUUGAGUACCCUCUUGAUGAUCAAGGUAGACAUUUCUCUUCUGUGCAUUAUACGCAACAACUAACAAAUGGAGAAAAACAAGAGAGGAAAUGGUUAGUCUACUCAAAACUUGGAGAUAAGAUAUUUUGUUUUUGUUGUAAAUUGUUCAAGCAAGAUGGAGUUAAAGUGCAAUUGGCCACGGAAGGUUUUAAUGCUUGGAAAAAUAUUUCAAGCAGGCUAAAGGGUCAUGAAUGCAGUAACGAUCAUAUUAUUUGCAUGAGUCGGUGGAUUGAAACUGAGACGAGAAUGCGUAAAAGAGAAACAAUUGAUAAAUCUUUGCAAGAAAAGAUGAAUAGAGAAAAGGACUAUUGGCGACAAGUCCUAUUAAGGAUAAUUGCUCUUGUUAAAACUCUUUCACAGCAAAACUUGGCAUUACGUGGUAGUAAUGAGACACUUUUCGAAGAUGGCAAUGGAAACUUUUUGAAAUUCAUUGAGAUGAUGGCAAUAUUUGAUCCUAUAAUGCAGGAGCAUGUCAGGCGAAUCCAAAUGAGUGAGAUUCACACUCAUUAUCUUGGUCCCAAAAUUCAAAAUGAAUUGAUCCAAUUAUUGGCAAACGAGGUCAAGUGCACGAUAGUGGAGAAAAUAAAAAAAGCAAAAUAUUUCUCAGUUAUACUUGAUUGUACUCCAGAUUCUUGUCAUGAAGAACAAAUGACUCUUGUGAUUCGAUGUGUAGAUGUUACGGUAAGUCCAGUGAAAGUGGAGGAGUACUUCUUGGGCUUUCUCAAAGUAGAUGAUACCACAGGACUUGGACUUUUCAACGAACUUGAAGAGGCGUUAAAAAAUCUUCAACUUGAUAUUAAAGAUAUAAGAGGCCAGGGAUACGACAACGGUUCUAAUAUGAAAGGAAGACAUAAAGGUGUGCAAAAAAGAUUAUUGGAUCGAAAUCCAAGAGCAUUCUAUGUACCAUGCGGCUGCCACAGUCUCAAUCUUGCACUCAGUGAUAUGGCUGGUUGUUGUUCACAAGCUUCAACAAAACGCUGGAGCAUCUUAAAAGAUAAUGUGAGUGGCCUAACACUUAAGCCAUUGUCACAAACACGAUGGGAAAGUCGCCUUGAAAGCGUAAAACCAUUACUUCUUCAAACCGAAGAAAUAAGGAAUGCUUUAUUGGAUUUGGCUAAUAGCAAUGAAGAUGGGGCAGCAACCAGUGAGGCUCUUGGUUUCGUAACAAACGAGCUUGAGAAUUUUGAGUUCUUAUUAACUUUGGUUAUUUGGUAUGACUUAUUAUCAUUUGUGAAUAUUGUUAGCAAGACUCUUCAAAAUGAAGAAAUGCAUAUGGAUGUUGCUUUGGAACAGUUGAAAGGACUCAUUAUUCUCUUCGAAAAAUAUAGAGAAACCGGAUAUGAGAAGGCCAGGAAUGAAGCUGAAGUUAUAGCAAAAAAAAUGGGUAUUCAACCAAUAUUUCGAGAGAAACGAGUUACCCGUCGAAAAAAACACUUUGAUGAGAACAACAAUGAAGAUGUUAUCCUAACAUCCGAAGAAUCCUUUCAAAUAAACUUUGUCUUCUUUGUGAUUGAUCAAGCUCUUACUUCAUUAAGGGUAAGAUUUGAAGAUUUUCAAAAGUUUGAAGACAUGUUUGGUUUUCUGUGGAAUAUAAAAAAAUGGAAACUUGUCGAUGAUGAAAGCUUGGAGAGUAGUUGUAUGAAACUUGAAGAACAUUUGAAAUGUGGUACAUUAUCUGAUGUUAAUGGGCGAGAUUUGUUUUCGGAAUUGAGAAUGUUAAGAGAACUUUUGCCAAAAGAGAUUGAAAAGGCAAUUGGAGUAUUGAAUUAUUUGAAAGAAAUGAACACUUGUUUCCCGAAUGCAUGGAUUGCUUAUAGAAUACUCCUCACUGUACCUGUUACAGUUGCCUCUGCAGAGAGAAGUUUCUCAAAGUUGAAGUUGCUUAAAUCUUACCUUCGGUCAACUAUGUCUCAAGAAAGACUGAAUGGAUUAGCUAUUCUAUCUAUUGAAAAACAUAUUACAGGGAAGCUUGAUUUUACGAGCCUGAUUGAUAAUUUUGCAGCUAAGAAGGCAAGAAAGAUAAUAUUUUAA